AUAUCAAUUUAAACACGAUAGCCAACUUAGCUCACUGUUUAGCUAGAACGAAGGAACCAGAUGUAAAUUCUACAUGUAGAAACAUCAAAUUCUUAACAGGACAUGUUAUAAAAUAAAAGAUUAAGUAGAAAGAAGUACAUACGAUGAGCGUUAAGAAGAGAUUUUCAUCCUUCAGGGGGGAAAGUUUUAAGGAUUUGACGUCUCAUUUCCAGAGUUCCCGACCUAGUGCUCACACUAAAUGGAAGUUUACUGAAGGAUUUUCUGGUAAGAUCUGGGCUCUGCAGUACGACAAUGGAGAAGAGGUGGAUCUACUGUACACAGAGAAGGAUACUGUCAGGUUUAAGGAUUUUGCUAGCGAAGUUCGAGGAAACAUGGAUGUAGAUUCAUUACUAGAUGAAGCUGCUGUUAUUCUAGAUCUAACAGAAACCUCUCUAGAGAGAAUAAUACACACUCUUCUACAGAAAACUUUGGAGAUUAUAGAUGCUCCUAUGGCGUAUGAGGAGGCUAUGGCUACCUUGUUCCUGCCUGAGUCCGGAAAUAUACUUGCUAAAACAAUUCAGGGUACGAUAGGUUUCGACGGAACAAUUAUCGAAAACGAUCAGUCUUGGCUUCUCACCAUGGCAACCCUAACAAAUAUACCUAGGCGUAGAGAACGGCUCGAGUAGAGGACCAAUAAGACGUCAGGGAUUCUCCCGCCUCACGGAUUUAUCCAAACCAAACCAGAUAAAUCAAAUGUGAGGGCCAGACCGGAGAGGGAGGAGAUGUGACUCAAACUCUAAAAUGUCAAGUGGAAAAGAUACCAG